AUGGCUGGACCAGUGGUAUCUGUAGUCAGUUACAACCCUCAGGAGACUGAUGGUUGGGGAGCUGGUGAUGUUAACGCUAGUCAGAAGCAGCCUGGUCAGGAAGGGACUGCGGCAGACCUUGAGAUCAUCUCACAGCAGGUGGAAGACGAGAGCCAGUGCAUUGCCCCUGUGCAACUUGUCAGCUUCGCCUAUCGUGACCUGCCCCUGGCUGCACUUGACCUCUCAUUGGCGGGGUCACAGCUACUUUCCAACAUGGAUGACGAUGAUCAAAGAGAGAGUUCGAACUGGUUGAAGCCUUGCUGUGGGAGGCGGACAGCUGUCUGGCAAGUGGUCCUACUCAGUGCUGGUCUCAACUGCUUCCUGGUAGCGUCCGUGGUCCUGGUUGUCCUCCUCCUAACGCUGGAGCUCCUCAUCGACACCAAGUUACUUCAGUUUACCAGUGCAUUCCAGUUUGCGGGGAUCAUUCACUGGAUAAGUCUUGUCAUCCUCUCUGUCUUCUUCACGGAGACUGUCUUCAGGAUUGUGGUACUUGGCAUUUGGGACUAUAUUGAGAACAAAGUGGAGGUGUUUGAUGGUGCAGUCAUCGUCCUGUCAUUGGCUCCUAUGGUGGCCUCAACUGUAGCAAAUGGACCCAGCAGCCCAUGGGAUGCCAUCAGCCUGAUCAUCACUCUUCGCAUUUGGAAGGUCAAACGUAUCAUUGACGCUUACGUCCUGCCAGUUAAGGUGGAGAUGGAGAUGGUCGUCCAACAGUACGAGAAGGCCAAACAGGUCCGAGAGGAACAACUUGAACGACUCACACAGAUUUGUCAGGAACAAGCUUUUGAAAUCAGACAGCUAAGGGCCCACCUAGCACAGCAGGACCUGGAUCUCGCUGCUGAAAGGGAGGCUGCUAUGGAAAUGCACCACGUCUGGAACAAGCAGAGCAGCAAGUUUCAAGUAGUCGACGGCUCCGCGACUGGAGUGUCCGAUGAUGAGAGUCCUGACAGCAUCAUUGAUCCACGCCAAACACAAAAAGCAGUCACCAGAGACGAUAUGAACAAUUACAUCAGCCAGUAUUACAGUGAACCCAACAGCGAGACGGGAAUUCCAGAAGGUGCCUCCCACGUUAUCACAACCGCUGCCAUUGAUGUCCAUCUUCCCAGCUCCCUUCACAAUGCCUCGUCCGACCUCUUGACAGUGGAGGCGCCGGCGAAGCUCGAGAGGGCAAGCAGUUCCGUGAGCGAUAAUUCGGGCAGUGCCUCCAGAUCUAUAGACAGCACCACCACACAAGCCCAGAGCAUCAGUAGCCAAACCCUGGGCUCCUCCACAGACUGCAGCACAACCAGGGAAGCAUCGUCCGAAAGCUACCUGUUGGAGAGGCCCGAGAAGGAGGCAGGAGUGCACCAGGACACAAGGGUGGUGGUGCAGAAACUCCUGUCCACCUUAUCGGAGGAUUCGUGCCUGACUCAGAAAGACCUGGACCCAGUAAACCUCAAGCUGCCAAGUCCAGCUGGGUCCACUAACGCCAGCCCAGAGCUGGGACACAGGGUUAACAUUUGUAACAAAAAGAACCAGGACCAUCUCUGUGUGCAUCCAACAACGCCAGUCAUCCAGAUUCAAGGCAACGACAUCACGCUCGAAGAAAAGUACAGAUUUCUGGAGCCCACAGAACCUACAGUGAACAGACUGCCGGAUUCUUAG